ACACUGUCAUUAGGGGAACUAAUGAAUAGCUUUCUCUAAGGUUAUUAGAGCACCCAGCACCUUUAAGGAGUGCAGAAAUCUGUGAAAGGAGGAGUUAGGGAAAACGACACCGCUCCUUUUAGAGUGUGUGUAGCACAACUGAUAAGCUAUUCCUGUGAUGUGAUCGAAUGUGACUGAAUACUGCAGGCUCUUGGACUCUUAUUCUAUAAAAUCCACAUCAGAGCAGCACAGGAAAAGAUCGGAGGGAACAGCUUCUGCUGCGGAGAAAGAUCUUUGAAGGGCAGCUCCAAACAUGCUGGCAGAACCUUGUAGUGUCAAAGCAACAGUGUGUGGCAAGUUGUACCCAGGGAAUGCCAAAGCACCCAUUGUCACCAGAGAAUUCUCUGCCAGCAGACUGAAAUAAUUCUGAAUGCUAAUGGCCUUCAGUUCUAGAAGGACCUGAAUACGGCUGGACCGCCACCAGAUGCUGGAGAGCUCUUCAGCCCUUUUGUUCAUUGUCUUCGCCCUGCUUUUCAUUUUGCUGCUCUUUGUGGUGCUCGCCAGGAGAAACGCCACUUUUGCCCUUCUCUGGAAUGAAGUAAUCCGGGAGAAAAUAACCAAUUUCAUCAUGAAUCAGAGCAAAGAACAGAGGAUUUUAAAUUUUGUGCUGCAGAAUGCAGUCCGAGGAGACCCCUCUAGCGUGGUGGACGCUAUAGAUAAGUACUGCUCCCAGAAAGAAUGGGCCAUGAACGUGGGCAAUGAGAAAGGUUUAAUUCUGGACAAGACAGUGGAAGAGGUCAAUCCUUCAGUUGCACUGGAGCUGGGAACAUACUGUGGCUACUCUGCAGUUAGGAUUGCUCGGCUGUUGAAGGCAGGAGCUUAUCUUCUCACUGUGGAGUUAAACCCAGAAGUUGCUGCUAUAGCUAAACAGAUAAUUGAGUUUGCUGGAGUACAAGAUAAGGUAAAACUGCUAGAAGGCCCUUCACAGGAAAUAAUCCCCCAGCUGAAGAAAAAAUAUGAAGUGGAUACUCUGGAUUUUGUCUUCCUGGACCACUGGAAAGACAGAUACACUCCAGACACCAUCCUGCUUCAGGAAUGCAACUUGCUGAGGAAGGGCUCAGUUCUUCUGGCUGACAAUAUCAUCAUUCCAGGAGCUCCAGAAUUCAUUAAAUAUAUCCGCAACAACCCCCAUUUCCAAUGCACUAACUACCCAUCUCAUCUGGAAUAUAUGAAAGUGGAGGAUGCUAUGGAAAAGGCUGUAUUUUUGGGAUAAAGAGAGCCAUUAAUACUCACCCUUUCUUUCAAAUGAUGCAAAUUCAGCUGCACAGGUUAACUUGUCCAUGCUUUACAUUUUGGUUUUCGUUUUUGUUUUUUUUUUCUCUUUUUUUUUUGCAUUUUGGAGCCUGUAAUUAGAGCAAGCACGAGUGGAGAUCAUUGUAAACUAGGUGGAAACCCAGUAUCUGGAGUAAGUAACUGCUCAAAGAUCUGUUCCACUGUUUCACAUAACUCAGCAGCAAAUCCAAAGUGAUGCACAUUGCCCUGCCCAACCAAUCAUUAAACACCAUCUGUUUUUUUGAGCUCAAAACUGAACCACUACAGUUUGGGGUUUGGGUAGGGUGGAGAAAGUCACUGCAACUUCCAAAGACUCAUGUCCCAAAGGUAAACUGAUUAAUUGUUGUCAAGAGUGCGAAGAACCAUGUGUGUUGCAAGAAAAGACCAUUUCAGGAACCGUGAUUUUGCUAAAUUAGUAGCCUGAUGCUUAACUUAAUGCAGUGAAGGCUCCUGUGGUGACAUCAGAUACAGUUUUGCCCAGUUACUGCAAAAGUUACUCAUCUCUAUGCUAGAGAAAAGGGCAGGCACUGAAAGAAGACCCAUCCAUGCAGUGAUGAGAAAAUGGAAUUUUGCAGAAGACAAAAUUAUCAGUCUGUCCAUGCAGAGGUAGGGAAAACUGAAGCAGUGAAUAGAUUAAAAUGAAAAGAGUAACAGACAGAUAACAAAAGGAACCGGCUCUUCCCAAAAGAACACCAAAACUAUAUCCUAUCAGGAACCUUGAGAAAAUGCUGUUUAUCCCCUCAUAUUUACUUAUCCCCUCAUAUUUACUUAUCCCCUCAUUGUAUUGUAUCUACAAAGUGGUGCUUUUUAGGAGCAGGGCAAGCUGCUUACUCUGAGGUGCUGUGUAUGUUUAGGAGGCAGUAUAAAGAUCAGAGAGAUUGUGUUUCACCAGGUGGCUCCUGCACACCCCGGUUAUUCUCAGUGUUGUUAACACUAUGUGAAUGGUGAUGGUGGUCAUUGAGAAGAUACAAAGCCACAGCUGAAGGCUCUUAAUGCACCUGAACAAUGCAAAAAUCCAAUGGCAUUUCCCGGCAUGUCCUGCUGUGAUUAUAUAAUGAGGCAAUGGUUUCAUUUAUAAAUAAAAACUAUAAAAUAAUA